AUGGAGGAUGCUAUCAAGAGGCUAAACGGUUUCACGGACAACUCAUCGUCUGACCUCAUCCCUCCACUUCCCAAGAGAUGCGGCGGCGCUGGGAGCAGCCCCACCAAUCGGAGGGCGGCGGCGAGGGACGCUGGUUCUGGCGGCGGAAUUAUAAAGUACCGAGGCGUGCGGCGGCGCCCGUGGGGCCGGUAUGCGGCGGAGAUCAGAGACCCUCAGUCGAAAGAACGGAGGUGGCUUGGGACGUAUGACACGGCAGAGGAAGCUGCGUGCGCUUACGACGCCGCCGCUAGGGCCAUGCGUGGGGUUAAAGCCAGAACCAACUUUGUUUAUCCGGUUUCGCCGCCGUAUCCCUCCGCCGUCGUCAACGGCGUCAGUAUCCCUAUUUCCGCCUCCCGAGCCAACUUUCCCGCCUUCUUUCCGCCCGUGUUUUCAAGCUUUUCGUCGUCGCACUCUAACCAAACCCCCAAUCCUAUGUCUCUGUGCGAUCAUCAAAUAGCGUUAAUGUUAAACAACGACAAUGGUUCCUCUUUCUUGAAUGAAAUCAGUCAAAUCACCGCUCUACAAGCUCGCACUGGUUCCAUCUUUAACCCCCCAACUACCCUUUCGUCGUCUUCUCCAACUUCUGCAGAUAAUAAUGGUUGUCCAAACAGCAGCUCCGGCAUGGAGUUCUUUGAGUCUCAGCCGCCCAAUUCCGGGCUACUUGGAGACGUGUUAAAUGGGUUUUUUCCCAAGCCCCAAGCCUCGAAAUCAGAGCCGUCCACUUCCGACGCAAAAAAGAAGAGCGUUGACGAUCAGAAGGGCCAGUUUGGGAUUUGCAUUCACGAUCACUGCCCCCCCGCCGGAGAGUUUGGGAACUUCAACAUUAAUAAUGGGUUUUCCGGCGGGCUUCCGUUGGAGGACGUAUUUGGAGAUGCCGGCGUUCAAUUAUCCAGGGCUUUUUGGUAA